AUGGAAAUGGCUGGGCCUGGAAAGAGCACUCUCAUCUUGAUGUGCACUGGACAAGAUGUUCCCGUUGGUCAUGAUCUGCAAGCUUGUACACAACAUGUCACUGCAUACCAAUGCAAAUCGUCAGAUACCUCUGACAUAUAUCUUCUGGAUACUCCGGGGUUUGAUGACACGAAUCGAUCAGACGCCGAAGUUCUCAAAGAGAUUGCUUUAUGUCUUACCAAGAUGUAUGAAGACAAUAUCAAACUAAGCGGGAUCCUAUAUCUCCAUAGGAUCACAGAUCGUCGUAUGGGCGAAUCUGCCAAAAAGAACCUCAUGAUGUUCCGGAAACUCUGUGGCGAGGAAAGUCUCAUGAACGUCAUUCUUGUCACUACGAUGUGGGAAGAUGAGUACGCAGCAAUAGGAGAAAGGCGAGAGCAAGAGCUGAUCGCUACAGGUGGUUUCUGGGGAGCCCUGGUCGAAGAUGGCGCUCAAAUCAAUCGCCAUAAUAAUACCCGCUCAUCCGCCAUGCCCCUACUCAGAACGAUUGCCAAAAGCGAUCGAGUCACUAUUUCCAUUUAA